AUGGGACCCAAAGCACGUGGCCCGAAGCAUAGACCCAAAACACAGGACCUGAAGCACGGACCUAAAGCACGAGCCCAAAGCACAAAACCCAAAGCACAAGACCUGUACACGAACUCAGAGCAAAGAACCCCAAAGCACAGGAUCCAAAGCCACAAAACCCAAAGCACAGGACCUGAAGCAUGGAUCCAAAGCACCGAACAUAGGACCCAAAACAAGGACCUGAACCACGGACCUAAAGCACGAGCCCAAAGCACAAAACCCAAAGCACAAGACCUGUAUCACGGGACCCAGAGCAAAGAACCCAAAGCACAGGAUCUAAAGCACAAAACCCAAAGCAUAAGACCCAAAACACAGGACCCAAAGCAAGGGACCAAAAAGCAAAUUACCCAAAGCUCAAGACCGAAAGCACAGGACCUGAAGCAUGGGACCCAAAGUACAAAACCCAAAGCACAGAACCCAGAGCAAAGGACCCAAAGCACAGGACCUGAAGCACGGGACUUAAAGUACGAACCCAAAGCACGAGACCCAAAAGCAAAGACUCCAAGGCACAAAGCUCAAAGCACAGGACCUGAAGCACAGGACCUAAAGCCCGGGACCCAAAGCAAGGGACCCGAAGCACAGGACCCAAAGCACGAGACCUAUAUCACAGGACCCAGAGCAAAUUACCCAACGCACAAGACCGAAAGCACGGGACCCAAAGCGCAGGACCUAAAGCACGACCUGAACCACGAGAAGCACAGGACCCAAAGCUCAUUGUUAUUACCAUUACUAUAG